AUGUCCAAACUCCUAGGCCCCGAGAGACCAAAGCCUGAUAGUGCUCUCCUCGAUGAAAUUGAUAAGGUUCCCUUGUUUAUGUCAAAUUUGCCGGAAGAAGAGAACGAUUCUCUUGCGGCUCUGCAAUCUUUGUUAUUUGAUGGUCCACCUGAAGAAAUUGCCGAAAAUUUUAAGAGACAAGGAAAUGAAUGUUUUAAAGAGGGUCGAACGAAAUAUCAAGAUGCGAUUGUUUUUUACACAAAGGCGUUGGAGACCAAUUGCUCAGACAAUAAAAUUAUCGAAGCUUGCCUGGCGAACCGGGCAGCGGUAAACCUGGAAUUAGGGAAUUUUCGUAAAGUUCUUACAGAUUGUGCCAAAGUGAUCAACUUGAAUUCCACGAAUGUUAAGGCAUUCUACCGAUCCGCAAAAGCUUUAUGCGAACUUGACAAAAUGGAAGAAGCACUCGAUUGCUGUGAUCACGGAUUGAAGGUUGAACCAAAUAAUGUAGCUUUACGUCAACUUAAAGAAACUUGUAUUAAAAAGAAGGAAUUGUUGGAUCAAAGGAUUCGCAUAAACAAAGAGAGAGAGCGAAAAGAAAGAGAAACGAAAGAUGCUUUGGAAACAGCAUUGAAGGCACGUAACAUUGUUAUGGUGACAACGAAUGACGCCCCGACAUUACCGCACUCGGUGCAUCUGAAUUCUGAAAACCAACUUGUUUGGCCUGUGAUGUUUUUAUAUCCCGAGUACAAGGAAACAGAUUUCAUCGCUGAGUUCAAUGAAGAAAACACGUUUCAAGAUCAUCUCGACGUCAUGUUCGAAAAUCCCGCACCUUGGGACGCUUCACACAGGUAUAAGCCCGACAACGUUCAAGUUUAUCACGAGUACAUUUUGACGACCGGUAAUGAGGUCAAACCGAAAUUACUGAAAAUUGCCAACAGUUGCACUUUGAAAGAAGUAUUGUCCCAUCCAAGAUGUGUCGUUAAAAAUGGGAUUCCCGGUUUUAUUAUUUUAUCGGGUGAAGGUAAAUUUAGGGAAGAUUUUCUGUCAAGUUAUAAAUGA